CACGUGUUGGCAUUUCGUAAACAGACGGUCCGCACGUUGUCUAACAAGUAAACUGAACAUCUAACAUAGUGAGGAUUCUACUACAUCUUCACUGAAAUAUCCGAAACAUGAAAUGAAUAAAUUCGAUCAAGUCAGAGAAGUUAUCGCUUCACGUGGACGAGGCCGAGGCGGCGGCCGUGGUCGUGGAAGAGAUGGCCGUGAUCGAGGAGGUUAUAGAGGUGGAAGCAGAGGUAAUAUGAGGGGCAAUUUCAAAGGAGGUAAACAAGCAAAUCAAAACAAAGACGACAGCAGCCAUAAACAACUGGAGGAAGCCCAAGGAAAUCAUGACAGAGAAAGUGUCAUACCCAGAAGUGAUGGGCAAACAGAUGCUGCACGAGGAAGUCAUGGUAGAGGAGAGACAGCCCAAGGAAGACACAGCAGAGGGGGGCCUCCACGAGGAAAUCGUGGUAGAGGGGGGCCAUCAAGAGGUAACCUUGGUAAAGGUAACUCAAAAAAGGGCAAUCAAGUGCGACAUGCAAGUCUUGAACAAGCCAAACAAAGCAAGAAAGGAGAUAUUCAGAAAAAAGAAAACACCAAAGAAAAGGUUGGGUCUGAAAUCAAAGAUGGGCUAUCAUUAUAUGUCACAUUCAAAGAUGGCCCAGAUGUGUAUGAACUAGAGAAACUAAAAGGAUUUCAUGCACUGCUUACACCACCUAGCAAGAAAGAAAAAGAAAAAAUAAUUCUAUUUAAAGAUAUUGAAUCUCUUGAAGCUGCCAAGCUUAUCUUAACUGCUCAUCAGAAUGUUAAAUCAACAAACCUUAUGGGAUUCAAAUCAUUCAAGAGACAGAGUAAUACUUCAGAAAACUGUAGGCUAUUUUUAAGGUUUGACAAGGCUUAUGAUGAAGACACUGUGAAAAAACUUGACAGCAAAAUUCUAGAAGUACUGUCACUAAAGGACAACAGUUGCUGCAAGGUGCAGUUUGAAAGUCCAGAAGAAGCAAUGGCUGCAGCAGGAAGAUUAAAAAAUCUAAUUCGUAAAACAGGACUGAGACAAGUAGAUGGGUUUGCAGGAAGCACAGCCACAAAGUUGGGAACUUCCACCACUGAUGCCAUUAUUCAUCCUGACCAGGUGGUGCUGAGAGAUGUGCCGAAAGAUGCCUCGAUCAAGGAUUUCGCCAGUCUAUUCCCCGAAGCAAUUUCCUACGUCCUUUACGACAAAACCUUCCCCGCUUCAAAGUUUUGUCACGCGGCUCUUCGCUUUAAAAACACGGAGCGGGUCGGCGAAAUUUUAAAAUGCAAGUUCUUGAACAUUGCCAGUAAAAAAGUGUACGUCUUUCCUGCUUAUGCGGAACUCUUAUGCGAUAAUUCACAAUUGGGUGAACCUGAACCUGUGGAAGUUGAAGUUAAAGAGGAACCACCGAGCAAGAAAAGGAAAGUUGACGUUAAAAACGAACAAGAAGAAUACACGAGCGACGAGGAAGAGGAUGACGGUAUUGACGAAGAUGAAGAUUGAAAUUUCAUUGUAGGCAUAUGGGCAAUACGACAAGUUUUGAAAUCAUGACAAAUAAAUGCCCCUAUUGUUUUCAAACUACAAAA